GAACGAAGCCAGCAGCGAAUGAGCCACCUGAAAAGCCAUGUGAAGACUUGUUGGAGUCUGUAAGAUCAGCUGGUGCAGAAGCUGCUUCGCUCGCAGGAGCCGUCGUCGAUGGCACGUUGACCGAGAUCGACGCUGUAGAGGUUGGCAAUAGUGAAGAGAUUGACUUCGUGGACGCAGUGACCUGGCUCGCAGUCAACGCUAUACAAUUUCCGCCCUGACACUUGUAUCCCAUGGGACAACAUGCGUUCCCGCAAGAGUCCAGCUGGGUAGGCGGAUCCGAAUGCAGUUCGGAACUUGGUGUAGCAGUUGCGUUCUGCAGACCCUUGUCACAACUGACGGUACUAAUGGUUUGGCAGUCCUGGCCAGCAGGACAGCAUAGUGCGGCCGUGAUUGGAGACGUGGUGUUUAACGGCAGACAGUUGCUGUUCGCGCUGCAGCAAAAGCUCGACGGGAAUCCAGUGCCGCAUGGCGUGAGAUUUGGGACGCCGCCGCAUGUCUGCGCGUCUCGUCUGGCAACAGGAGUGGAUGCCUCGGGCUGCCAGAAGGCUGCGUCGUUCUCGAGUUCUCUCGGGAUCCAGAGUGCGCUUGCAAGAUGACAGUCGAGCAGGAAAGCAGCCGCGAGAAGGUUCGUAGACAGCAUGUUGGAGCGCUUGCGCAGGAAGCCGCGCGGGGAUCUUGAAGAGAAGCAGAACAGAAGUAGGAAAAGAGACAAGGAAAUGCAAUGCAGGCCGAUCCACGCUCGCAGGCAGGCG